GUCAAGGAGCAGAAGGGACAUUUUCUCUCAUCCAGCUACUAAGGAGGUGAGCCAGUCACCGGAGGUAUAAAAACCCUGUGUCCCCGGAGACUCCAGUCCAGUGGGUUCUGAAGACAAGGGCAACAUUAAAGAAGUACCAAACUUACAAGGCUACGAGAUGAAGAUCUGGCAACUGCCUUCCAUGCUCCUUGUUGUUAUAUCAAGUGUCUCUACUCAUCCUCAUCACUUAUUUAAGUAUGAUGAGCUGAGCCAGUAUGUUGACAGCCAUCAGGAGGAAUAUGUACAGACUCUGAGGGACUGGGUUGCUGUAGAGAGCGACUCCAGUGAUGUCUUGAGGAGGCCAGACUGCCAUCGCAUGAUGGAUAUGACGGCUGAGAAACUACAAGCCAUGGGAGGGAAGGUGGAACUGGUGGACAUCGGCGUACAAGAGCUGCCUGAUGGCAAGACAGUGGCCUUACCCAAGGUGGUGACAGCCCAGUUUGGCAGUGACCCCAGUAAGCAGACAGUCUGUGUGUAUGGACAUGUGGAUGUCCAGCCUGCUAAGCUAGAGGACGGCUGGGCCACUGAACCCUACAACCUGACAGACAUCAACGGAAACCUCUACGGCAGAGGGGCGUCUGACAACAAGGCCCCUGUCUUAGCCUGGAUCCAUACAGUGGAGGCCUAUCAGGCCCUCAGCAUUGACCUGCCAGUCAAUGUGAAGUUCAUCAUCGAGGGGAUGGAGGAGACCGGGUCCAAUGGCCUGGACGCCAUGAUCGUGGCGCAGAAAGACACGUUCUUCUCCGACGUCGAUUACAUCAUCAUCUCAGACUGUGGUUGGCUGAGCCGACGCCCCGCCCUCACCUACGGGACCAGGGGGAACUGCUACUUCUUUGCUGAGGUAGAGGGUCCAAAACAGGACCUACACUCAGGGGUGUAUGGAGGCACUGUUAUAGAGCCCAUGACAGAUCUGAUCGGCAUAUUGGACACACUGAUCAGCCCCAGUGGAAAGAUCCUCAUUCCAGGCAUCAGAGAGGCCGUUGCCCCACUCUUAGACGAAGAGUGGAAGAUGUACCAGGAUAUUGAGUUUGACAUUGAGAGCUUUAAGUCCAAGAUCGGCGUCAGUCAACUCAUGUACAGCAACAAGGUAGAUCUGCUGGCCCAUCGUUGGCGUUACCCUACCGUUACCAUCCAUGGCAUCGAAGGAGGCUUCUCUGGCCCUGGCUCCAAGACGGUCAUCCCUGCUAAGGUCAUUGCCAAAUUCUCCAUUCGACAGGUCCCCAACAUGGACCCAGCAGUGGUCAAGAAACAGGUCACAGACUACCUGAACUCUGUGUUUGCCAAGAGAAAGAGCCCCAACAAGCUGAAGGUGACCAUGAUCAUCGGGGCUAAGCCCUGGUUAGCAGACACCAAGCACCCUCUGUACGAGGCAGGGAAAGCAGCCGUGAAGAGAGUGUUUAACGUGGAGCCAGAUCUGAUCCGUGAAGGGGGAACCAUCCCCAUCGCCAAGACCUUUGAGGACGUGACCGGUAAGAGCAUCAUCAUGAUGCCCAUCGGAGGCUUCGACGAUGGCCUCCACUCCCAGAACGAGAAGAUGAGCAGGUACAACUACAUAGAGGGGACCAAGUUGUUCAUCGCGUACCUCCAUGAAGUGGCCCAUCUCAAGAAGGACUCAUCACCACCGUUAUAAGACAGUUCUAUAUUGUUUAGCUUGUAUGAGAUCCCAUCAGUGGAGUCUGGCUUUGUUUAGCCUUUUUCCUGACAUUAACUGGUAACUUUUCUUGUUUCUUUCCCUCUUGGCAUCUGAUAUAGCCUCAACACUCUGCCUCGCUCUCUCUCUCGCUCUCUCUCUCUCUCUUUCUGAAUCUUUCUUCCCCCCUCACGUUCCUCCUUUCUCUCUCUCUCUCUCAAUUUCUCUCUCAUUCACAUACAAAUGUCUACUUGAUAGAGCAAAUAAAACUGGUUUGACGCACUA